GCCACAUGUUACAGAAAAGCGUUGGUUGGUAAAUCGAACAUAACUUCAUCUGAAUUUACAGUAAUCGGCCUAUCCGGUUACUGAGCUGUAUCAGGCAAACGCUAGUAACGUUACCCGGCUGAUUCAUAUUUAAUCACAGAGCUAAAGCCUGUACUGCAGAUAAGCAAAAAAGAAAGAGAAGGAAAGCAGGUAACGGGGGAGGCGUUAAAUGCGUACUAUUUUCCUGUAAUGCGUGAAGUUUCCUGGGAAGCUCGUCCUUUCCCUUCCUCUGGAUACGUCCCUCCCCCCACCGUGUUUUAACUUCGGGGCGGUGGAAGGGCUCCAGCUCAGAGGACGCUUGGCGGGGGAGGGUUAGGGCCGGACGCAAAUGAGGGAGACUGGGGCAGCGGUCAGUGGCCGGCGACAUGGUGCUGAUCACCGAGCAGCUGCAGGCAGCCACGGCUUCGCCCCUUACGCCGGAUGAGGCGAGAUCCGCUAAGACGGCCAGGAAGGAUGCCAGAGGGAUUCACUCAAAUUCCGAGGCCGAUAAUGAGGACAGAUUCAAGAGAAGCGGAAAAUCCCCCGUUGUCCUCGACGUGUCAAUAGAAACCGAGCCGGACACCUCGGAAAUUAGGAAGAAACCGUCACUUCUAAGGUCGAAGGGUAUCGAUCCGCUUCCCUUGUUGCAAAGUCCAAGUGAUUAUGAAGCCAAGCUGGAGAGGAAGAAAUCUCAGUCUACCCAGUUUUCCAAGACAAAUGCCCAGUAUCACAAGCUUUUUAAAGAGGUCAGUAAAGAUGAGCCCCUCCGACAAAGUUACACCUGUGCCUUGCAGAAAGACAUUCUUUACCAGGGAAAGAUGUUUGUCUCCGAAAACUGGAUCUGUUUCCAUUCCAAAGUCUUUGGAAAGGACACCAAGAUAGCUAUUCCGGUGCUCUCGGUUACCUUCAUUAAAAAAACGAAGACUGCCAUCCUGGUGCCAAAUGCCCUGGUCGUUACCACCAGCAGCAGUGAGCGGCACGUUUUUGUCUCAUUCCUGUCCCGCGACACCACCUUCAAGUUCCUGAAGACCAUCUGUGUUCAUUUAGAUGGAGACAACGUGGGCAGCAGCCCCGCCCCCUCGUCUGCGGAGAGCAGUUUCAGAGCCACUCGGCCCUCAUCUCUCCCACUGGGCUUUACUGGGGAUUUCGCGGAACUGGACGGCGUGGUCCGGCAGCGGAGGCAGGAAAUGCUGGAGAGCAGCAGCUCUGGAUCACAAACCCCAGACUACGAGAAGAUGGCAGAAUUUCCCAGCCUGCCACAGAAUUUCCUCAACGGCCAAGUGGCGGUGCACGCGGAUAUACACCGGCAGCAGACCCCAGACCCUAAGCAUACCCCUCAUCGCAAUGGUUUGGCCCCAGUGAUGGCAGCUACACACGACCAUAAGCCGUCACAAACUGUCUCGCUGAACACCCUCCUCUUCAUCUAUUUGUUUUUAGUGUGUGUCCUGGUCCUGUCCUCAUGUUAUAUGGCCUUUAAGAUAGUGGCUCUGGAGCAGCGGUUGAAUUCACUGAGGUCUUUGACGGAGUUCCCACACAAUGAGAAUAUUCUGCAUCAGAAGUCCCAGACGGAGUUUAGCGCAGAGAUCUACGGAGAGUUGUCGACCAAUCUAUUCAAGCUAGAGAAGAUUCAGAAGAAUUUGCAGAAGCUUCUAGAAGAGACCUGAAGAUUCUUCUGCUGCCAACACUGGAUGGGCUCUGGGGAGUUUGUUAGGGUGCAUCACUGACUUUUUAAAAGUACAAGCCUUUCUCUAGAAGGUGAACAACAAAUUUUAAUGGUGCAAUAAUUUUUCUUCCGUACUCUUCAGCUGUCUCAGGACUUAAAAGUGCACUGUGUACCCAAUAAAUCUCUCCCCAGUUCAUAAAAAAGGACCGAAUGGACAAACAAGUAAAUUUGCUUUCACUUUUACAAGCACCUCUUUAAGAGAUGUUUAAACAAGACUCUGCAGUGAGUAUCUGCUGCAAAUGAAGCGUCUCUUCAUGGAGAUCCCCCCUGUCCCCCUCCCACCUGGGGACAAAACCGGCAGCUCACGUAGCCGGUGUGUCCGCGCGCCAACACAGCGCUCGUUCAGGAUUACGAUGCAUUAACGAUUUCAGUUUAUUGGUCAGCUCCUUAUUCCGGCGCUGGAAAUGAAAUCCGUAUUGCGUAGGUUGUAUAUCGCUUCCGUUUUAAGAAUUGUGAUGUCCAGCUUAAUUUACCGUGCUUAAUGAUAAGCUGUGAGAAAUCGGGAAGCUUUUUCUCCCCUUUUCUGCGAAUUCAAAGAAAGUCUUGUGUGAUUCAAAGUGCACUUGUUUUGCUCAAGUCUCUAACUUCCUCAAUUCUCUUUGACUGGUGUAUUAAGAGCGGUGUUAGUGUUUGUGUUUGCAGAAUGAACAUUUCCACUGUAUUAUUGCGCUGCUUUUUGGGGGGGGGGUGUUUGCAUGUGCGUGUUACUGUGUUCCAUACAGACAAUUUGUUUUUCACUGGUCUGUACGAUUUCAAAAGCCUUAACUGAGUGUCGGUAAAAGGGGGUCUUCUAUCUCAGUCAGGCAUAUUUUCUUAAUCUUUUCUUAUGGACAGUCUUUGCUUGCCAAGUUAUCUGUGUAACAGAGUCCGGCAAUAAAUAGAUCUACUGUAAUGUA